GUGGCGCCAGCAUCCCCAUGGAGGACCCUGCCCUUGAGCAUGAGCUGUUGGAGCUACAGGAGAGACUGCGCAAGUCGGAGAACCAGAACCGUCUGAGGGAGGACGAGUUGUACGCUCUGUUGUCGCAUAUGAGGGGCAACUCUAGUGGUGGGGCGCUUAUCUCACGGGGCAAUGUGUCCACUCGUGAACAUCGCCAUAGGUCUGCCGACCAUCAAGCGAGACAAGGCGUCGUACCUGGUGAAGACACUCACCUCUCUCAUCGGCGCGCUCAACCAGCAGGAGAGCAGAGACUGCGUCAUCGUGCUCUUCAUCGCUGAGCCGUGGGAUCAGAACUAUGUACACCAGGUAGUCACCACUAUCAAAACCAAAUGGAAGACGAUGUGAUAGCCAAGCCCGGCUACCUCUCUAUCAUGAAGACGUUUGCCGUGCAACAGAAGGGCGACUGGAUUAUGCUGGAGUUCUCUGCCCUGGGCUUCAUCGGCAAGAUGUUCAAGGCGUCAGACGUGCCGAUGAUCGUGGAGUUUUUUGUCAUGUUCCACGCGGACAAGCCGAUCGACUGGCUCCUGGACCACCUGCUGUGGGUCAAAGUUUGCAACCCGGAGAAAGACGUGAAACACUGCCAGAGGAUGAUCCAGGGCGUGCGGCGGCGCUUCAAGCCCUCGCUGUUCCAGCACAUCGGGGUCGAGUCCUCGCUCAAGGGAAAAGUCCAGAAGCUCAAGGACAAAGACUUUGGCAAGGCGGGUCUGUACCGCGCCCACGUGAACCCCCCGGUGCACCUGGCCUCCUCCCUCAAGACGUACCAGAAGUACACGCUCAGUAAAGCCUACACCGGCGAGACCUUCUUCUGGGCCUCCAACCCCUCCAAGGGGGACAUCAUAGACUUCAAGUUUGACCCGCCCAUCAUUAUAGAACAGUAUCUGUUCCGUAGCGGUAACACGGACCACCCCGGCGACGUGUUCCACAACACCACGGUCGAGCUACAGGUCCAGACGGUGCCCAGCUCUAGCGUUCUGGACGGCAUCGCCGCUCACUCCGACCUGGCUGCCUCAGAGGUGGCGCACGCCUCCGACGGCUUCCUCGCCAUCGGCCGCUUCAACGACCUUGGCCUUGCCCAGGGCGAGAUCCCUGAGAGCGUGGGGCCCGUUCAUACUGUGCGGCUUCACAUUCACGAAAAUUCCAACGCCUGGGUGAUAUUAAGUGAAAUCAUGAUAAAAGAGAGCAAGAGGUAGCGACGUCCCAGUGGGUGGGAGGCUGCGACGUCUGGUCUGUCUGUCGGAGAUUUCCCAGCUCAGCGUGGCAGGAAGGAGCAUAAUGAGACGCAUAAUCUGAGUGUGUGUGUGUGUGUGUGCAUGUGUGUGUGUAUUGUGUGUGUUGUGUCUGUGUUGUGCGUGU